AUGGAAACCCUGGCCCCAGUUUGGGCCCAUGACCCCUGUGACCUGAGCGACCUCAGAGAGAAGCAGCAGGCACCAGCGACCGAGUGGGAGUCUCAGUGUGUCUUCAGCUGCUCGCCCCCUGCUGGUCGCACGUGGACGGAGCAGCUGUCGCCGCACAUCCAGAGAAACAAACAGCUGCGGGACGUCCUGCUGCAGCGGGACGAGGAGCUGCUCCGCCUGCAGGACGAGAACAACCAGCUCCGAGAGUUCCUCAGCUCCUCAUUGGUCAGGAGACUCCAGGAGAAAGCUAAAAGUCUAACAGCUGAUGGGAGGAGGAAGCUCAAGAGGAACCUGAUGUCCGUCAGCGAUGGCGUCUCGCUCCACGCCGCUGGUCAUCAGCUGGCGUCUCCGCUGGUCAGCAAGAGAGUCUGCAGGAACCUGACUGCCGAGCUCAGCUCCGUCUCCUCAGAGCCAAACCUGGACCUGUGGGUUCUGAGAACACUGGGACUGAAGGACAGAGACACCAUCGACACGUCCAGCGAGUCCUUGUCCUCGUCUGGACACGGCCUCAGAAGUUCAGUUUAUGAAGUCACGUCUUCCUCGUCCUCUGGAGACACUCUGACCUCUCUGAGUCCUUCAGCUGCGACACACUCCUCCGCCCACAGCUUCUCCAGCUCCGCCCUUCUCCCUGACUACAUGUACGAUGCUGCCAAAAGCCAGGAAGCAAACUGUGGAUAUCCUGCCGAGUCAUCUCAGAGCUGCACAGCUUCUCCAGGUCAGCGCUCGGACUUCACUGCAGCUGGGACCAGGAGCCACGAUGCUCUACCCAACUUCCAGGUCCCACUGAUAACAGAGAACUUCACCGGGUCACCAGCCAGAGCAGAGAUCUGCUCCAUCACGGCCUCCAGCGGAACGCCGUCUCUGGGGGAGGGACCCCCGGCCGACCCUCCAGCGUUCUGGUCUCCACUGGAAGACAGCCCGACACCACCAGAGGGCACCAACCAGUUCGGUCCACCGGUAAAAAUAAUACAUUUUUCUCCUCUUUCAUCUUCAAGUCCAGUCCAGAACCGACCCUGUCCUCGAGGCUGCAGCCCAACAAGCCCGUCGGGGGGGUGGCGGCCGGCCGCCGCGCCGCAGACGCCGCGCAGCCGCUCAGAUUUGGCGUUCACUAUGUCGCUCAGUCCAUCCAGCAGCGUCAAGACCCACAGCUUCCCUCAGGGACAAGCCUUCGUCUCCAAGGACACGGACAGAAGGUGGAACUUCACCUGGCUGCCCAGACAAGGACCUUAG